AUGACGACGAGGGGGUUCAUGCGCUCGAUUGUGGGUGAGUUCGGCGAGGACCCUGUGAUUUCUGCUCAGCAGAGGGCUACUCUCGUGCACACCCGACCUGAGAAUGGGGGAGAGGCGACGACGCGGCCACAGUCGACUUAUCAGAAGUGCGAGUUCGCGCAUCGCUACAGCGUCCGCAACCUGCCCAGCUUUCCUCUCCUCUCCCUUGCCCUCCGAUCCCAACAGACAUUUUUAUAUAGUGGUGCAACGACUUCAGUGCGGGGCCGCUCUCGUUCUUCCGCCCCACGACCACCCCCGUCCACCACGGUCCCCUACCCGCUCGUCGUGAGCGCCCACCGCCUGGCCAUGAGCACCGCGAGCGCAAAGUCGGUUCGGAUCCUCCGGUUUUCGAUUCAAUACGCCAGCGUCUCUCUGCUCUACUACGACUACGCCUUGACGUGGACGCGGGAGGUGCAGUAUGUCUGGCUGAAGAAGUUUACGAUCUCGACGGCGCUCUACAUCGCAUGCCGGUAUGCGAUGGUGGCGAAUGUCAUAUACACGCUGGCGUUGGCGGAGAAGCUACCGACAAUAAGGUGCGCAUGCUAUCCUCCCCUUGUUCCUCGAUCUAGGCUGCUGUCAGAGCGCUCGGCGCUGAGUGUAGUCGGGAGAACGGCGAUUAUCGUUGUAUGGGGGGCGAGGACGUACGCCGUCUUCAACAGGAAUAAGUGGAUCCUAGCGCUAUUUGGAUCGUUGGGAUUAGCUAUCAUCGCCCUGGCUGCGUUGGGCGUUCCAUACGUCUCCUGCACGACGGCAAAAGGCAGCCCACCGUACAUACAUUUCAAGGGCGAUCCUCCUCCAUGUGCUCAGGGCACCCCCGCUGAUCUGCUUUCCGAUGACGUAGGUCGCAAUGUUCUCGUGGUCCUGACCGUCGUCUACGAAACUCUCUCGGCGAUCUUGACCACUGGGAAGAGUCUCAUGGGCAUGAAGGUCAACGGGACGUGGAGGCUGAACCAGCAGGGUCUGACAUAUCGUGUUUUGGAACAAGGCUUGCUAUAUUUCGUCUUCGUCAGCGCAUUCUCUAUCGCCUCCCUCAUUCUUCAAUUCCGUGCUCCUCCCGGAUCGUUCCUCCAACGCCUACUCAACGCUCUAACACUCCCGUACGCCUUCCUCCUCCCUCCUCCCCCCAUUCACUCACCCCCCACUCCAUCCAGACUCUCCGGCCUAAUGACCGCCCGCUUCCUCCUCCACCUCCGCGGAUGGGAGUACAGCACCUCGCACGUCGUCGACAUGGACAACCGCCCGCACUUUGGGUCGUCGCUCGCCCAAUCGCACCAGUACCAGACCUACCUCGAUACCCAGAUCGAUAUCCAGAGCCAGAGCCAGAGCCAGCUGGGCCAGGGGGCUAUGGAGCUGCGCUGGCCGGUGUCGCCCCGCUCCGUUACGCGCCUGCGCGAGAGCGAUAUGGACCGCGAGUCGGGGUGGGAUGCGGAUGAGAUGAACUCGAAGGAUGGCAGGGCGGAUGCGGUCGUGGAUGAUAUCGUGACUCGGCAGGCGCCGGAGAACCAGACGGUGGUGCAGGUGAAGGUUGACGUUGAGGAGAGCACGAUGGUUGUGCGAUAA